GCUCGCAUUGCGUUUCGUUAGCUCGUGGCGUGCGUUUCGUGUCGGCGGACUUAACACGAAACCCAAGACAACAACAACUACAAAAUUCCGAUUUCGACAGCGUCGUUUCAACUCGUAUUCUCGAAAACAAUUCCCAAAGACAACGUGCGUUUGUUUAUAUUUUUGAAGCAAGUAAAAAAAAAUGAUAUUCACAUGAAUUUUCUUCUUUUUUUUUGAGUGUGCUCGAUAUAAGUAAAAAAAAUAAAUAAAAAUAAGAAAAGAGAAACAACUGCGGCGUGGAUUACCAGUGUGUUAUCUGAUGCAACUGCAACAGUCUCAAGAGUUAUGAAGUGCAUGCAUUGGCGCCGCAGCAGCCGCAAGUUGCAACAUUAAAAAAAAAAGUGCCAAAACAACAACAAAUUUAAAUCAAUCAAAUAUAUGAUUAUAAUUGUCAGCGCGUCAGUGAAAUUUGCCAGCUGUUUAUUUACAUUUUUUUGCCGUGCCAAUUGAGCUUGCAACAACAGGAGGCAGCAACAACAAGAGGUUGCAGCAGCAGCAGCAGCAGCAGCUGAAAAUCUUUGACAAAGUCGCUGCCACAGACGAAGUCGGAGGCAGCCAUAGCCUUGAGAGCAGCGCGUGGCAUCAUGACAACGAAGCGGAAAGAGCAAGAACGAGGAGGCAUGGACAAGCAUUUUGCACUGGCAACGCUGUUGCUGUUGGUCCUAGUGGGCGUGGAUGCGGCUGGGGCGACUCCAUCGCUGUAUACGAGCUAUCAGAACCAGCGCUUCGCCAUGGAGCCGCAGGACCAGACGGCUGUGGUCGGCGCACGGGUAACGCUGCCCUGUCGCGUCAUCAACAAACAGGGCACACUGCAGUGGACGAAGGAUGACUUUGGCCUGGGCACGUCCCGUGAUCUGAGUGGGUUUGAGCGCUACGGCAUGGUGGGCAGCGAUGAGGAGGGCGACUAUUCGCUGGAUAUCUAUCCGGUGAUGCUGGACGAUGAUGCCAAGUAUCAAUGCCAAGUGAGUCCCGGUCCAGAGGGCCAGCCAGCCAUACGUUCCACAUUUGCGGCUCUCACAGUGCUGGUGCCGCCGGAGGCGCCCAAAAUAACGCAGGGCGAUGUCAUCUAUGCCACCGAGGAUCGCAGGGUGGAGAUUGAGUGUGUGUCAAUAGGCGGCAAGCCCGCAGCCGAGAUUACAUGGAUUGAUGGCCUGGGCAACGUACUAACGGAUAACAUAGAGUAUACAGUUAUACCGCUGCCCGAUCUGCGACGCUAUACGGCAAAAUCGCUGCUGCGCCUCACACCCAAAAAGGAGCACCACAACACGAAUUUCACGUGCCAGGCACAGAACACGGCAGACCGCACCUAUCGCUCAGCCAAAAUACGUGUCGAGGUGAAGUACGCGCCGAAAGUCAAGGUGAAUGUGAUUGGAUCUGGAAGCGGUAGCGCCAGCGGCUCUGUCUCUGGCUCAGCCAUUGGGGCCGUUCAGCGCAUCGUGGAGCAUGCACAGGUGCGACUCGAGUGCCGUGCUGAUGCCAAUCCGAGCGAUGUCCGUUAUCGCUGGUACAUCAACGACGAGCCAAUUAUAGGCGGUCAAAAAACUGAGAUGGUCAUACGCAACGUGACGCGCAAAUUCCAUGAUGCCAUUGUCAAAUGCGAGGUACAGAAUUCGGUGGGCAAGAGCGAGGACAGCGAGACGCUGGACAUAAGCUAUGCGCCCAGUUUCAAGCAGCGCCCACAGUCCAUGGAGGCGGACUUUGGCAGCAUUGUGUCCCUAAAUUGCGAGGUGGACAGCAAUCCGCCGCCGGAGAUUGUCUGGAUACAGCAUCCCAGUGAUCGAGUUGUUGGCACCAGCUCCAAUCUGACGUUCAGCGUAAGCAACGAGACGGCCGGACGCUACUACUGCAAGGCGAAUGUGCCGGGCUAUGCUGAGAUAUCAGCGGAUGCGUAUGUCUAUCUGAAGGGCUCGCCCAGCAUCAGCUCGCAGCGAUCCCAGUACGGCCUGGUCGGCGAUACGGCGCGCAUUGAGUGCUUUGCCAGCAGCGUGCCACGCGCUCGCCACGUCUCGUGGACGUUCAAUGGCCAGGAGAUCAGCUCCGAGUCCGGUCACGACUACUCCAUAUUGGUGGACGCAGUGCCAGGCGGCGUAAAGAGUACGCUCAUCAUACGCGACAGUCAGGACUAUCACUAUGGCAAAUACAACUGCACUGUGGUCAACGACUAUGGCAACGAUGUGGCCGAGAUUCAACUGCAGCCAAAAGAGACCGUUGCCCUCUUGAAGACCAUUGUGGGCAUUUCGGCGGUGGCAUUCUUCAUUCUUAUGCUCACCAUCAUCAUAGUAAUCUACUUCAAGUGCAAGAAGCGCACCAAGCUGCCACCAGCGGAUGUCAUCAGCGAACAUCAGAUCACAAAGAAUGGCGGUGUUAGCUGCAAAAUGGAAGCCGGCGAUCGCACCUCCAACUACAGUGAUCUCAAGGUGGACAUAUCCGGCGGCUAUGUGCCCUAUGGCGACUACAGCACACACUACAGCCCGCCGCCACAGUAUCUGACCUCUUGCUCGACCAAGUCCAAUGGCAGCUCCACCAUACUGCAGAACAAUCAUCAGAACCAGCUGCAGCUGCAGCAGCAACAGCAGCAGCAACACCAGCACCACCAUCACCAGCAGCAGCAGCAGCAACAACAGCAACAGUCGGCGGUGCAAAGCGUUCCCAUGACCUUUUUGACCAACAGCAGCGGCGGCAGCCUUACAGGCAGCAUCAUUGGAGGACGCGAGAUACGCCAGGAGAACGGUCUGCCCAGCCUGCAGUCGACCACUGCCUCGGUGGUGAGCUCCUCGCCAAAUGGCAGCUGCAGCAAUCAGAGCACCGCCACCACCACCCACGUGGUGGUGCCCAGCUCAAUGGCCCUCAGCGUGGAUCCGCGCUACAGCGCCAUCUAUGGUAAUCCCUAUUUGCGCACGUCCAAUUCCUCGCUGCUGCCGCCGCCGACGGCAGUCUAAGCGCCGACUGCCCAAAACGCCGGCCAGACUGUGUGCCGCCUAAACAGGCCAGGCUAAGCGCCAGCCAAGCAGCCGCCCAAGCAACCACUCGCAAGACUGAUCUCAAGGGCAGCGGGCGAGCGUUGAGCGUUACACAGGGCAGUCGAGGGGUAAGUUUGGAGGACCCUUCAACUUUAUUUAGCAACCAAAAAUUCGCAUUGUAUAGCUUAAGGUUAAAGAGAGCUCAUGCCACGUCUGAUUAGGCAGCACGAAACUAGGCUAACUUUAGGUGGACUAGUAGACCUAUAACUAACUACAGACAUACUUAGUAUUUUACUUUAAAUUUACACACCCACACACACACACACACACAUACACACACACACACACAGACACAGACACAAACAUAUAUAGCAACUACAUUUUUUUCUCUUGCCUAACUUAGUCGAAUGUCAGAUCUAUGCCGCUUGGCUUUGGCGUAACAAAUUCAAUUUCUAUCGCUAGUUGUAAGUGGCCCGAUUUAUAUAGACUAUAUAUAGUUGGAUAAGCUAGAAUGUUGCGCAUUUACAAGUUGUUAGAAACUUGCUGCAUGUUAAGAAACGCCUUACAAAGAUUAUUUAUUACACAACAAACAAACAA